GUGCAAGAAGUCCGGAUCUGUGUAAAGGGUGAGCGUGGAUUUGCGCCCUUCGCUCGACAGGCUGCUCGAACUUAACGUGUUGUACUUCAUGUCUUCGUUUUUAUUUGCGUUUUUCCCCUCUGUAACGUCUCUCGUUCGCUCUGUUCCUCUCAGAUUUUCGCGAAAAUCUGCUCGUAUUCACAUCACAGUUGUAAUCACUAAUCCAGGGCGCACGGGCAUCACUUCAAACAAAUAUAUCUUCGUUUAUUAUCGAAGGGGGGAAAUUCACUUGGUAUUUGUAUCGUGUUUCUUUUUCGUCUUUGGAGAGACGAUGUGCAUGUAACGGAGAUGCGAUGCGUUCUAUUCUACAUCGGAUUGUGAAAUAAACGUUGCUUGGAAUUCCUUGGCUUCAACUCGAGUCGAUUGUGAACGGUUAGCCGCCCUUGGCCCCACCAUCUCACCUGACCCCUUAUCUAUGCGCAAAACCAAAGACUUGCGUUCUUGAUGAAUGAAUAAAACGGACAUUAACGUGUGUGUGUUUGUGUGUAUUUCCGUUAGGUCUGUCGUUAAAAAUGACUUUCAAUAUGUUUCUUUCCUUUACAUUCUUCCUUAUUGUGAAGGAGGAAAUGGGUAAUACGACACAUGGCCAAGUUUAACCGGCGCCCAAGAAGAAGGAAAAAAAAACAUCUGCUCGACAACGCCAAUAAACUCUUAAGGAAAGGCACGUGCCCUCACGACAUUUGCAGCUUUCCUUCGCCACCGACCGACCGACCGACCGAAGAAUGGAAAACCCAUAUGAAUGAGUGUUCUUCAUCUGCUGUUCUUCAUCGAUGCAUCGUCGUAAUUCAAUUGCGAAAUUAAAGGACGAUCCAUUAUGAAUGUUAAAAACUUCGCUGUUCGCAUUCCAAUUGAUGUCGCUUUACAAUCGAGGAAACUCUGCGUAAUGCGAAACGUUUAUUAAUUGCAUGCAUUUUCCUGUGAUUCCGGUACGAUUUCCACAUUACCAGGAAAUGCUUAAGCUAUCUUAAUGGAAGAGAAAGCGGAUAAUGCCAUCAAUUCGACGAGUCUCCGCGAAUUGUGCAAUUGAAACCAAUUGUAUGAAUUAUUUAUGAAAAAAAAAAAUAUAAAUAAAGAAGUGGAAGCCUUCGGGUUUUUACCGACGAAGCUUCUUUACAUGCGCAUCGAAGAUCUGUGUCAAUUAUAUAAAAUGGAUACACGAAUUGCAUAAUUUUAUUCAAUAUUUUUUGAUCUAAGAUUGUUUGUAUCAAAAUUGUACUUUGUGUCUGGAAUCACAUCAAAUUGCUUGUGUCGCGUGUUUUUUCUUAUUCUUCGUUCGAAUCAAAAUUUUGUGCUGUGUCCGGCUUCAUCAUGUCUAUGGAUCUGAUAUCAUCACCGAAUCCCCAUUAUAUACCUGGGUAUGUAGGAUUCUGUCCCCAAUACAAGUAUCGAGUGGGAAACACGUAUGGAUCGACGACGCACAAGUUGCUCUUGGAUCCGACCGUCAGCCACGCGGAGAAAUUGGUGCUCUCCGAUCGAAGCGCCGACGAUUAUCAGGUGGUGAGGCCGGCCAAAAGGGACAUCGAUAUAGUUGAUGCAAGGACGAAGCAUGGAGGAGAGAUCUACAAACAUCCCACAAUUCCCGGAUACGAAGGUUUCGUGCCUAGAUUGAACGGGAUGUUCGGGCAAAGGUACACGGUUCAAGCUACUGAAGCUUUAUCGCAAUUCGAUCAACUGCAGCAAGCCGAUAGAGCCGCUCUCAACCAGUUGAUCAGGCAAGGAGCGCUUCAGGAUAAGAAGUGGGAUCCGAGAGAUUUGGAUGAUCGAGAGUUAACUACGAGCGAGUUUACGUUGCCUUUGCUGGAGGUGAGACCCGAAUGCUGCGGUAUCAUGAGGAAUCUACCAGUGGAAGAACCACCCAUCACUCCUCCAACGUACUCUCACAGCCCUUACUUCAUGGAAAACAAUCAACCGGAGAAGUACUUGAAGCAAGGCUUCGCAGGACACGUGCCUUUCGGGUACUCAUCCUUCGGCAAAUCCAAUCAAGCGAUGACCAACAGCGCUUUGUGCGAUUUCACCUCGAAUUACCGCAAGAGGCUCAGCACCGAAUGGGCGCCCGUCUCCAUCACAAGACCAGAUCCGCCCUUGCUCAUCGAACCGGCCGACAUCUAUCCAAGGCACAUGGGGCAGUUGCCCAAUUACGCCGGACACAUUCCAGGCGAAAAAUUCAGAUUUGGAAAGACUUACGGUAACGAUACCAGGGACGCUAAGCGCUGGCUCCGUGGAGACUUCAGCACUUGAGGAACGUGCACGUACCAUUCUUCCUGGACUCAAGUUGCACUAUCUUCUACCAACAACAACAAUAAUCGAUGUAGACGCGAAAUAAACGUCGUCACAAUUGAUUAUUCACAUUGUCUCUUGUUUACGAAACGCGUAAACAACAAUUAGCCUCGCGCUUUAUCUGCUGGGACUUUUCGAACCGCAGUUUAUUUUAACAUCGAAAUUUAUUUAGCGAUAUCAGCG